CGAUAAAAUACGACGAAAAAUUCGGCGUUUAGAAGAACGCCUUUACCGCCGCAAUAUGGAGGACGAUGACAGUUACGAAUCGGAGUAUUCGAGUUCUAUGGGUCAGCAGUCAGAUUGUGACGGCAUUUCGUCACAUGAAUAUUAUUCAGACAUGGAUAGACAAACCGUCCGAUCCGUGAUAGCUGAUGCUAAUACGCACAGAUAUCCAACAGAGACCACGGAUCUUCAGGUAUCAACUCCACAAAGCUGUGAUAAGGACCCUAGUGCCUCAAAGGGCAAUGAUGAUGCACCUAGUGUCACUCACACAAGUAACAAUACUUUGGAAAAUGCUUCAUGUCUAUCAUCAGACAUUCUCGCAAUAUUAGGAGACUCAAAGGCAAAAGAAGAAAAGUUCGGCCCAAAAAUCAGAGAUGAAGUCUCUAAACGCUGGGGAAGCAUACUCAUGGACGGUCUUGGUAAAGAGCAGAGGCAGAAUCUAUUGGAAAGCGCCCUUAUACCAGAAAAUUUUCAGCUACUUAAAGCGCCAAAACUAAAUCCAGAAAUAUCAGCUGUGCUAAACGAAUCUUCUAGAAAUAGGGACAAGCGCCUGGAGAAGGCCCAACAUCAUCUCGGCAUAGGAAUAGCAGCAGUAACCAACUUGAUGACAACCCUGAUCGAUGGCAAUGCAGAAAAGACGGAAAUUAUUAAAAGAUUGUCUGAAACUGGACAGUUGCUCCUGGAUUUACACUAUCAAAAUACUAUUAAUAGAAGGAAGCUGAUCAUGUUUUGUUUAGACAAAAAGUUCAUCAACAUGGUUCAAAAUGUAAAAAGAGACUCUUAUUUGUUUGGAGAUAACCUAGGAGAAAAAAUUAAAGCAACGAAGAUUGCCGAAAGAUCAGGUUUACAGGUCAAGAGGAAAGAACCUCAACCCUCGACCAGCUACCGAACUAACAAAUAUACAGCCCGCCAGGGAAACGCCAGAAGCCUGUCCAGGCAACAGAGUGGCAGGAACAGAGCAAACGGGUACCGUCCACCGACGUCGGCGACAACCGGCAGACGGCCACCGCCCACGCCAGUAGACAGAUACCAGCCGCCAUCGUCGAGGACGGGCCACAAGAUUACACAGAAAUCGUAACAGAGGACACGGCAUCCUCUAUGGCGGAGCCUUACCCUGGUGUCAUCAGUUUUAUCAGGCGAGCAUUUUCCCAACAGAAUCUAACCCCAGAAACUAUAGAUAUAAUGAUAGCUUCUUUGUCAGAAAGUUCCUU